AUGUUUCAAAGAAAUAUAAUAAAUUCAUCAUUACGUUUAUCAAGACAAGGCUUAAGACAAAACAUUAGAAGAAACUUUAAUUCUUCAAGUUUUAAAUCAAAUAAUUCAAAUUUAUCAAAAUGGAUCUUAUCAACUUCAAUCUUAACUAUUGGUUUAACUUCAUAUAUUCAAAAUCCAUUAAAAUUAGAAACUAAACAAGAUAAAGCUCCUGAAAAUGCAGAAAAGGCAGCAGAAAAGGCAGCAGAAAAAGUUAUUGAAAAACCAAAAGAAUCAGAAUCAAAAGAAUCAAAGUCAUCAGAACCAAAAGAAGGUGAAGAUUCAGAUCCAGAAUCAAAACAAUCAGCUUAUAACCCAGAAACAGGAGAAAUUAAUUGGGAUUGUCCAUGUUUAGGUGGUAUGGCAAAUGGACCAUGUGGAGAAGAAUUUAAAGAAGCUUUUAGUUGUUUUGUUUUUUCAGAAGCUGACCCAAAGGGAGUUGAUUGUAUUGAAAAAUUUCAAAAUAUGCAAAAUUGUUUUAGAAAAUAUCCUGAAGUUUAUAGUGCAGAAAUUAGAGAUGAAGAAGAUAUAAAAGAAGAUGGUAAAGAACAAGUUAAUGAAUCAAAUGUUGUUGCUAAUAGUUCUACUUCUACUGAAUCUAUUCCAAGUGCUGAUACUAAUCCAACUGUUACUGAACAAGUUACUUUAACAAAAGAAUAG